ACACAGAAACUGCCUCCCUUACUUCCAAAUAUCAAAAUGAAAUAUCAAAUAUUUAUCAAAACCAUCUCAGGGAUAGAAAACCUCUCCCUCUCCGUGUUACCCCACACUCCCACGCUUUUCGUACAACAGGAGGUGGAAAAGCGACUCCCCGCUGCUGUCGUGCCCAAGAGCUGUGUCUGCACGGCCGAUGGCCUCCCCGUCACCCGAUUCCCGAGCAUCAACGAAAUGAUGAGUGACUGUGAUUUCAUAAAUUUGCACGUCAGAGUGAAGGUGUGUGGUGGUAAGGGGGGUUUUGGGGCCUUGCUUCGAGCCCAGGGCAAGGCCAACCUGAAGACCCAGUCUAAGGACUACUACAAAACGUUAGAUGGCCGCGUCAUGAAGACGGUCAAACGUGCUGAAAGGUUGCAGAAAGUUAUAGAUGCGUUGCCAGAGCUAGAGAGAACUAAGUUGACUGACAAGAAGGAAAAAUUGAAAAAGGUGAUUGAAAGUAUCGAAAACCGAGGAAAGGCUGACCGCUUCGAUGAUGCCAAAUACUUGGAGCUGAUAGAGGCGAGUGUAAACGAAAUCAAAGUCAUUAUCGAGGCUGAUUCAGAAACGGAGGACUCAGACGACUGGGGAAGUGACUGGGAGAGUAGCGACCAGGAAGAGGGAUGUUCGAAGACCCAGGAGCCUGAAAAGAAAGCAAAACCGGUGUUUGAAUCGUUUUUUCAAGAUAUGUAAGAUCACAUAUUGUUUAUUGGUGUGUGAGAAGAAUACGUCUCCAUCGUUAUCGUGGGCUCUCCCUGCAGUCUGAAGGUCCACCUUCCCGGGUAGGCUUGUUUCUUGGCAUCUAACCUUUGGGGAGAAGUCCACUUGAGGUCCCUCGGAUCCCUCCACAGUGCUUAAAGAAUCUACCAAGCUCUUUCAAGGAAGUGUAGAGAAGGUAUAGUUGUUGAAGCAUUUUAUAAUACGACACUCGGCCAAUAUGCAAUCGUAUAUCUAAAAUCAAUGUACCCCUCAUUCAGGC